AUGGAAUUGACUGCUGCGAAAAAACUUGGUAAAAUGAUAGUGAAUGAGCUGGAUUACAAGCUAGAUGACAUCUGCUAUUGGACAGACAGCAUGACGGUACUAAAGUAUUUAAAAAAUGAUACUUCAAGAUUCCAGACCUUUGUGGCAAACCGCAUAGCUGUUAUCAGAGAUGGUUCAAGUUUGAAGCAGUGGAAAUAUGUGAACACUAAAGAAAACCCAGCAGAUUGUGCUUCACGUGGUUUACCUGUGAAGAAGUUCCUUCAAUGCAAACUUUGGUUCAAAGGACCUUCUUUCUUAUUAUCCAGACCAGAGUCAGAGUGGCUUCAGCAAGUGGAUAACCCAGGCACCUUGGCAGAAGAUGACCCUGACGUAAAGUGCAGUGUUGAUGUCAUGUCUACAGUUGAGAGAUAUGAAAGCUUGAUUGACAAAGCACUAGAGUAUUAUUGUGACUGGCAUAGGCUCAAGAAAGCCAUUGCGUGGUUGUUAAAUAGAAUCAAGAAUUUAAAAUCACGUGUGGAAGCACGUAAAACGUUGAUAACAAAGUUAGAAAGUCAAGAGUCAGAUCCAGUAGUACGUUUUCAUAUGUUUGAAGUAGAACAAGAACGUUUGGCUAAGGUCAGAAAAGGAUAUAAGUUAAAGCAGCUAACUGCUGAUGAUCUUUGGAGAGCAGAAAGGGCUUUAGUUCAGUAUGUUCAAAGACAACACUGGCAAGAGGCCUGUAGAGGUCAAGCAAAUGGCUCACACUAA